AUGCCGUCAAGACUGGACCAGUAUCGCAAGUCUAAGCGUGUAAAUCUGGCCUCACCUUUGUCGAGUCCAAAACAGCCGAAUAAAGAGUCCAGUCGAGAGCCAGAGCCCAAAAGACCAAAGCUGACAGAGCAAGAACAAAGCGAGGACGAAGAAAUCGACCUCGAUUUAGAUCUGGAGGUAGACUACGAAUUGAGAGAUGACGGUUUAGAUGAUACUGCUUUGGAGCCUGUUGAAGACGUUGAGCUGGACCUUUUACUAGCCAGCGAUCGUAUCGACGAAGAAGAAGAUCUAGAUCAGAUCGCGCGAUUGAGACAAACAGACGAGCCUGGAUCAAACCCACUAGAUGACAAAGCAGCUCAUGAUCUUGCUGUGGAAAAAUAUGCUCGGAAAAGCUUUUUACCCAAGACUUAUACCGCAAAAUCCGCCUUGGUGAAAGCUCUAGCUCCAGUAUGUGCCAAAACGGUUCGUAAGAUCGUGGGUGGUUCAGCAAAGUCUUACUACUAUCGACUAGCACGUGAACUUGCAGAGACUUCACCGCGAGAGCUGAUCACUCAGCAAGAGCUGAUGGACCUGAAAACGCAGAGUUUCCCAAUGGGCUACUUCGGCACUAAACGCGGCUCCGCCAUCACACAGCACAUACUAGAGGAGUAUUCGCAAGAAAUCCGCGAUCUAGAGGAACGGGGCGAUAAGGUGGUCAAGUUUUUGUCAGUGGAACGGUUUGCAUCGAUGGUUUUGACAUGUGAGGUGCUUGCGCGGGGGGCUCGCAAAGAGUUCUCGCUGCCGUCUCUGGAGGAUGCGUAUAAUCUAUUAGAACUAACGUGUGACUACGGGUGGUAUAUUAUGGACUAUUGUGAGCUGGAAUAG